AUGGACAUCGGAUGGUCGCUGAACCGCCUGUGCUGCUUGCGUGGCCGAGAGCCCUACCCUCGCUACUCCUCUUCCCGCUGCCUCCCUUGUACUGCCUUCGUCCUCGAUCCCCUCGUCUUCGCUUGGAGGGAGGGAUUCUUCCCUAUAAGAUGGAUGGUGAUUGCUGGUGCAUCUGAGCCAUCGCCAGUGCGCGCUGCCGACUGGUCGGCUGUGGUCGCCCAGCCUCAGUCGGGGCCCGGAAAGGCGACCAUGCCGACGGAGCCCCCUGUACCGCCGGCUCCGACGCCCUCGACAACAGUCGCUGAAAAGACUCUUCCCCACGCACCCGCGGAUCCCCUUGCCGUGUCGGGGGCUGGCCCGUCUGUUCCUGCGGCUACUCCGUCCGCUCCGCCGGCUGCUCCUGUUCCCCUGGCCCUCUUCGUCGAGCCGUUGGUGCCUGCUCCUGCUGGGGGUGUUGCUGAUCCCCCAGUUCUUGUCCCUGGCGCGCCCAUUGCACCGCCUGCUUCUGUCCCCGACGCGCCUGUACCGGCUUCUGUUCCGUCGACAAAUGCGGCGUCCGCCACCACUGGCGGCCCGGCUCCGUCGGUUGCGCCCUCAGCGGCGGGGCAAUCCGCGCCUGCUGUGGCGCCGGUGGCCCCGGCAGGUCAGCCGUUACGUCUCCCGUCGCCUGACCGCCGACCGUCUCGCCCUCAUUCCCCCUCGCCCCACCAGGAUCGCAAGUCGUCUCGUCGCCGUCGAGAUUCUCCGCGGCGAUACCAGCAGCAGCCUCACUGGCCUGCUCGCCCCGGUGGUCAGGGGGACGGGAGGGGUCCCCGCGGGCGCGGUGGUGGUGGGGGGUACCGCCCGCUGGUGACGAUGGCAGAUCUUCAGCGGGAAGUGUCGAGGGCGGUACGUGAGGAGAGGGCGUCGCAGAGCCAGAGCAGUUCGAUGCGCGCCUCGCCGGCCCAAGAGGCUCCACGCCAGCCUGUGCUCCCGUCGAGUCCACCGCCUGUCGCUGCACCCCCUCCUCAGGUUCACAUCCCAACGGCUCCUGCUGCGUACGCGCCCGCCUCUGGAGCGCGUCUUCGCUUGCCGCCGGUUCCGCCUGUUGCGGGGGUGGAAUUUGCGGCCGCUGGUGGCGGCGCAUUUGCGACGCAGUAUUCGCAUCCCUCUGAUGAGGAUCAGCCGCUCCUGUUCCUGGCGGAGGCGCUUCAGCCUCCGCAGACUCGUGUUCCGGAGGCGACACUCGGCCAACUCCAUCGCCUCGCUGAGAGUCUUCACGCGCUGCUGCUGAUUCAGGUGGUUGCACAUUCGUCUCUCCCCGUAAUCCCUCCUGAGUCAUUCCGUGGCCGCCAGCGUGACACCUGCCUGGACGCGGCAGACCAGCUCGCGGUGCUCCUGGCGCCCGUGCUGGCUGCGCCCGCGGAGGGAGGCGCUGCUGCUGCGGGACAGCUUGACGAGGCUGUCCGGGGCCUGAGGCGGCACUUGCGCGCUGGAUCUGGAGCCGGCGCAAGCACGCUUGUGGUCCGGGAGCUGUGGCGCUCCCUGACGGGCGUUCUUCACGCCCUUGGAGCGCACCGCAUGUAG